CCGAUUUCGAAACUGGUGAGAAGCUGUCAAGUUGCUGGGCCCAGCUCCGACCCAAAACUUGAGCUUGACAUUCGAACUUUGCCAUAUCUGCUACCAAGUGGCCCACCAUCAUCAUGGCCACCAACACAAGACUCCACCUCAAACUCUCCCUUCCUCGCCCCGAGUUUCUCCACAGGAAAAGCCAACCUCUCCCGCCAACGCCGGAAGAAAAUGAAGAAGAAUUCCAGUUCGCGCGUCAGGAGACUGGCGACUCGGAGGAUGCGACAGAUUGGAUCAAGAGCACCAUCCGAGACCAAGGCCGCUGGGAAAGGCACAUGUCACUGAUCCAGAUCGACUGCCCACACAACAUGGCCGGGCUCCGGAGGCUGGGCAGGCUUUCAAAAUCAGAGGGCACCAAGGCGUGCCGCAAGAUGGUGCGCAUCCCGGUGUUGUAUGACGAGAUAGGCUGCUUCCUCUGGGAGAAGCUCGCAGAGCUGGAGCGCGGGCCAGACUUUGGGCGAGAGGACGAGGAGAAGGCGGCCGAGUACGCAAGGGGGGUGACAUACCGCACGAUGAUGGCGCUGGACGAGCGCUUCCGAUUCGACCAGCCAGCGGUCGACGGUGACAUCGCCAGAACAACAAGGAUCCACGGCCGUGCCAGGCAGGACAGCGAGCCCGUCUCCCCAAAACACAUCCACCAGCCACAAGCCGACUCGUCACCCCAGGAGAAGAGGCCCAGCAUCCCCCACGCCUGCAACUUCUGCCGGUCCAGCAGCGCCUGCGAGCGGCCGACCAUCCCCGCCGAAAUAGCCGCCGACGCCCUGGCCGCGACACGUGGAAGGAUAGUGGACGACCAGCAAGCAGCACCAUUGCGAGGCAGCCCGCACGCGCGGCUGCGGCUGACCCGGUCGCUGAGCCGGUCGGGCCAGACACCGCCACGGGCGCCCGUGUUCUUCAACCACAGCAGGAGGAGCAGCAACUCGAGCAGCCUGAUCUGGCGGCACGACAGCGACCAACAACACCCCGACCCUGGACCCUCGUCCCUCGCGGACGCCAGGAGGAGCGCCAGCAGCAGCGGCCGCCGCGGCCCGGCGAAGGGACCCGGCAGGGCGAGGUCCCGGGACGACACGCUCGGCGGCCGGGUCGGGUCCGUGGUGGGUAGCCUCGGCAGGGGCGUCGUGGUUGCCAUCGGCGGGAGCAUGGCUCAUGGAUAUGGACAAAGCGGCCGGGUCAACCGGAAUGGGUCGCUCUGGUCUGUUUGAGGGUGUGGAUUCCAGCCAGGCGUAAAAGUCUUGGGUUAGACCAAGGAGUUCCGAUGCUUUUCCAAGGAGCGAAGGUGUUUGGCGUGACGGAUUCUGACGACCCCAUAGAGGGCAUGCAAAUAAAAUUAAUUUAAUAUAAAGCUUCAAACUAGACCACCCAAGAAAUGUCAUAUAAGCAGUGCAUAUUCUGC